GAUAACUGACUCCUGCUGUUUUCCCAACCAUCCUUUGCUUGGAAAUGGCUUCAGCUUCUCCAUUACCUGAUCCCAGUUUGGAUGCUGAAUGGCAGGAGUGGAAGAGGAGAUAUGAGAAAACUUACGGCCAGGAUGAAGAAGGACACAGGAGAAUGGUGUGGGAGGAAAAUAAAAAGAAAAUUGAGGAGCACAAUGCAGAAUAUGAGCAGGGCAUGGCCAGCUUCUGCAUGGGCCUGAAUGAAUUUAGUGACUUGACUAAUGAUGAAUUCUGGGAAACGAUGACUUGCUCUCCAGACUCAAUAUUGGAAGACCAGGAGAUAAUCAACACACAUCUCUUUAGUGAUAUUCCUGAAUUUGAGGAUUUGACAGAGGAAAACAAUAUACCUGAGAAGGAUCAGCCAGAGUAACUGUUGGGACUUGGAUGACAACACAAAUGACUUCACAAAGGAGUGAAGAAAUUACUGUGCCAUUGCCUGAGGAGCAUUCUGCCCCAAGAUGUGAACUACAUGAUGGUGACGAGGCUAAACUAUAGGAAAAGAAGAAA